GUCACAAACACAAAUCAGAAUUUGUCGAUUACGCAGCCCUACACACACACACGUCAGUGUCCGUCGUUGUCAAACGUGCGCCGCUUGUCAGAAUGUUGAUAGUUUCGUGAUUUUAGUGUUUAUUUACGGAUAAAGUGUGAAAAAGUGCUGAAAAUAUUCACGAUGAGCCCAAAAGCAGCGUUGGCCAUAUGUAUGGUGUUUGUUGGAUGUUGUUCCAAUGUUAUAUUUUUGGAAUUGGUUGUGAAAGAGGACCCAGGCGCGGGAAAUUUGGCGACAUUUUUGCAAUUCUUAUUCAUUGCGUCAGUCGGAUUUUGUACUGUUGGCAAAUUUGGAACAGCAAAGCGGAAUAUACCCUUCAAACAGUACCUACUACUCGUGGGUUUCUUCUGGACAAGCAGUGUAGCCAACAACUAUGCAUUUGACUUCAACAUAUCCAUGCCGUUGCAUAUGAUAUUCAGGGCUGGUUCGCUCAUGGCAAACAUGGCUAUGGGUGUGUGGAUAUUGAAGAAGCGCUACCCAGUAUUAAAGUACCUAGCAGUAUUCAUGAUAUCAGCGGGUAUAGCCAUAUGUACUAUACAGUCAAGUGGUGAUGUCAAGGCCCCAAGGGAAACUCAUGAAGAUGCUGCCGAGGAAGAGAAACUCAAGUUCAUCGACUGGCUCUGGUGGUGUUUGGGCAUCGCUAUACUGACCUUUGCCCUAUUUGUCUCAGCUAGAAUGGGAAUUUUCCAAGAGUCAUUAUAUUCCAAGUAUGGAAAGCACCCGUGGGAGGCGUUAUAUUAUACUCAUUUGUUACCAUUAGUAUUUUGGUUACCGACAGCACCUAAUAUUACCAAUCAUGUAUCUUUAGCAUUAAAUACACCUGUAGUCGAAUUUUUAGGUAUCACAUUCCCUAGACAAGUCUUGUGGCUGAUACUAUAUGUAUUAACGCAAGGAUUAUGUAUCAGUUCUGUAUAUGUUUUGACUACUGAGUGUGCGUCUUUAGUUGUAACUCUUACGGUUACAUUAAGGAAGUUUGUAUCUCUCAUAUUCUCUAUUUUGUACUUUAAAAAUCCAUUCACUGUCGGGCAUUGGAUCGGCACAUUAUUAGUGUUUAUAGGUACAAUGAUAUUCACUGAGCUAUUACAGAAAACAGUUGCAUUAUUUGUACCUACAGUCAAGAAAGAAAAGAAAAAACAGUAAUUUUAUUGUAUCCUUAUUUACGCAUUGUGAUAAUUUGGCCAUAACUAGAGGCAUUUUGUUGUUCCUUAUGAUUUUUAGAUUGUGACCCAUAAGUAUUUUUUUAAUGCCUUUUGGUAUUAUGUCAUGCUAUGGAAGUUAUAAAAUAGUAUAGUCAUUCUGCUGAGAUAAUGAUUUUGAGAUAUUAUUAUGUAUGUGUAAUAGAUAAAAUAUUGCUCUGUCAUAAUUAUAUUGUAUCUGUGCAAUACAAUGCUUAGAAAUAAUAAAUGACUUGUAAUUAUUU